CUCCCCGGGGCAGGGCUCUGCGGGGCCGGUCGCCCGGCGCGGAGUGGAGCGGCUGAGCGUCGCGCCGGGCCGGGCCGAGCCGAGCCGAGCCGUGCCGAGCCGUGCCGUGACCAAGCCUCGGCGAUGCUGGGCAUGCUGCUCCUGGCGUGCUGCUUGCUGCUGGGCGGCCGCAGCCUGUCGCGGGGCGACGCCGCCCUCGACCGAGACGAGCUGCCCUCCCUUCGGAAUAAAGGGAUAUUUAUUAUCCAAAGUUCAGACUCUAACUUGUGCAUCAAAGUGGACACAGAUGGCUUGGUUCUGGAAGACUGCAGUCAGCUCUCCGAAAACAUGCUGUGGAAAUGGGUAUCCAAUCGUCGUCUUUUCAACAUAGGCAGAAGUACCUGUCUAGGACUGAACAUCAGUAGACCAGAACAGCCAUUGACUAUGCUUGAAUGUGAUUCAAAUCAGUACUCAUUAUGGUGGAAUUGUGAUGGUAGAGCACUGGUUGGUGUAUCAGAGUACAAAUUAGCUGUUGAAAACAGCAAACAUAUUAUAGCAAAAAAAAAAUCUAAUCAUCAGUGGAUCCAGUACAUGUCCUACGAUGAAGACAUUUGUGAACAUCCUUUCCAAGAAACAUAUACCUUGCUGGGAAAUUCCUUCGGUUUCCCAUGUGUUUUUCCAUUUAAGUAUAACAACAAGUGGUAUUAUGAAUGUACCAGAGAUGGAAAGGAAUUUGAGUGGUGUGCCACAACAAGUCACUAUGAACAAGAUGAAAAAUGGGGGUUUUGUCCUGGUGCUGCAGAGCAUGGCUGCGGCACAUUUUGGAAGGAGAACCCGGCCACACACAUGUGCUAUCAGUUCAACCCAUCAGCCGUGCUGUCAUGGCAUGAGGCACGGGCAGCCUGCCAGGCACAGGGAGGAGACCUGCUCAGCAUCACUAGCCCUGAGGAGCAGAGCUACGUCAGCGACUUGAGCCGACAGUUAAACAUCACAGAUACUGUGCUGUGGACAGGCCUGAAUCAGCUAGAGGAAGGUGCUGGCUGGCAGUGGUCGGAUGGAGCACCACUGGUAUUUGUCAACUGGAGAGCAGAUGUUUCUGAGGACCGUUCUAGUGAAAAUCAUUGUGCAGUGAUGAGUUCAAAAUUGAAAUAUGCCUGGAAAAGUUACUUAUGUGAAUCUGGAUUUCCUUUUGUAUGCAAGAAAUAUUUAAAUAAGACAGAGCAUGAAACACUGGAUACAUGGAAGUAUUAUGCCACUCAUUGUGAUGCUGGCUGGUACCCGUACAAUCGCAACUGCUACAGACUUCAUAAAGAGGGGAAGAGUUGGAAUGAUGCUUUGAUCUCAUGCCAAAGUGACAGCAGCGGGCUCAUUAGUAUAUCCUCCAUGGCAGAUGCAGAACUGCUCCGUAACUUGCUUCAACGUGAAAAUGUAACUGAAACAUGGAUUGGAUUAUAUAGUAGUAACAUUUCAGUUGUUUUUGAGUGGUCAGAUGGCACCCCAGUGAAGUUCUCAUACUGGCACAGCCAAGAACCUACUACCUUCCAAAGAAUAGGACAACUGUGUGUUUCAGCACAAGGACCUGAUGGACAUUGGAAAGUUAAACAAUGUGAAGACAAAUCUUUCUACAUUUGUGAAAAAGCAGGAGAAAUUAACAGUGUUUCUUUUGAUGCAGAAUCAAGUUGUCCAGAGGGAUGGGAAAGACAUGGUGGAUAUUGUUACAAAAUCGACAGUACCCCUCGAAGUUUUGAACAUGCUUCCAGUGGUUAUUUCUGCCCAUCUGCACUUGUAUCAGUAACAAACAGGUUUGAGCAAGCUUUUAUUACCAGCAUGAUCCGUAGUGUGGUAAAAUCUGAGAGAACUUAUUUUUGGAUAGGACUGCAAGACCUUAACAACACAGGAGAAUACUUUUGGCUAACAACAGAUGGGAAAAAUCAUUCUGUAAGCUACACAAACUGGAACAAGCAUCAGCCACGUCAUUCUGGAGGAUGUGUGGCAAUGCGGGGGCAGGACCCUGUUGGUUACUGGGAGGUAAAAAGCUGUAAGGACUUCAAAGCAAUGUCACUGUGCAAGCAAAAAGUCAAUUCUUAUGAAGAACCUGAACUUACUUUUCAAAGACAUUUGAGUUCCUGCUACUUUGGAUGGGAGUCAGAAGGCAAUUUACUCAACUGCUAUAAGAUAUUUCACAGAGAGAAGGUUCUAAUGAAAAGAACGUGGAGUGAAGCAGAAGCAUUAUGUCAAGAUUUUGGAGCACAUCUUGCUAGUUUUUCCCAUGUCUAUGAAGAGACUUUUUUAAACAAUUUAUUAUAUACGAUUUUUGAUAGGACAGAAGAAAGACAGUUCUGGAUUGGAUUUAAUAAAAGAAACCCAUUUUCUGGAGGGACAUGGCAGUGGUCUGACAAAACACCUGUUGUAGCUUCAUUUCUGGAGAGCAAGUAUGUUGAAGAUGACUCAAGAAACUGUGGUGUAUUCAAAGUAAAUAGAACAGUUUUUCCAGCACACUGCAAUGAAAAGCGUGAAUGGAUAUGCAAAAUACCAAAAGGUGUUAAACCAAAGAAUCCAGAUUGGUACAUAGCUGAACUGCCAUGGUCAUACUAUCAAGGAGCAGAGUAUCUUUUUCAUGUGAAUCCUACAGACUGGGACACCUAUGAGUUCAUUUGUGUCUGGCUUCGUAGUGAAAUGGCAACAAUAACUUCUGCGGAAGAGCAAGCUUUUAUUGAAAAUAAAAUUAAGAAGCUGUCGGAUAGUGAUGUUCACUGGUGGAUUGGAUUGCACGCAGAAAACAUCAGCAACGAAUUUCGCUGGAAGGAUGAAUCACUAAUAACAUACCAGAAUUGGAAUGAAGGCAGAGAUCGAUAUUUGCAUAAACCGGGGAAAAGAUGUGGCUUCAUUUCAUCACAAACAGGACUCUGGGAUGAUGAAAACUGUACUGUUUCUCUUCCCUGUAUUUGUAAACGUAAAAAUGCUUGGAAAAUAGAGAAAGAGAUUCCGAAAGACCAGAACCCACAAGGAAUGUGUCCCAAGGGCUGGCUGCACUUUGGAUUUAAAUGUUUUUUGAUACAAAUUCCAAAGGAUCCAGAGCACCUGAGGAGCUGGUACUCUGCACAGACAUUCUGCAGUAGGUACGAUGGGUCCCUCGCUUCCCUUGAAGAUGAACUGGAACAAGCUUUCAUAACAAUGAAUCUAUUUGGUCGCAAAACUAGUGUUUGGAUAGCUUUCCAGGGUGAUGAUUAUGAAAAAUGGAUGAAUGAAAAUCCUCCAAGGUAUUCCAACUGGUCUCCAAUUGAAGCAGUGCACAGACCGCGUUAUAACAGUGUCUACGUCGAAGAACAAGUUCCACUUUGUACACUGGUAUCAAAUAACCCUAAUUUUUAUUUUACGGGAAAAUGGUACUUAGAAAACUGUGAGAAAAAUUAUGGGUUUGUCUGCCAAAAAAGGCAGGAUACAUCCAGACAUAUCGUCAAUGCAUCUGAAAUGUACCCUGUGCCAGAUACUUUACAGUAUGCAAACAGAACAUAUACCCUAAUACGUGGGAAUUUGACAUGGUCUGCAGCUUUAAAAACCUGCAUGGCAAAUGGAGCUGAGCUGGUCAGCAUUGCAGAUCAGUACCACCAGGCUUUCCUCACAAUCAUUGUGAAUCGGCUGGGAUACAACCACUGGAUCGGGCUUUUCACUGCAGAUAAUGGGCUUAAUUUUGAGUGGUCAGAUGGGACUAGAUCCUUGUUUACCUUCUGGGAAGAUGAUGAGUCCCAGGCCUUGGGCAGCUGUGUUUAUAUGGAUGCCUCAGGGCACUGGAAGAGUACAAGCUGUGAACAACUUCUGCCAGGAGCAGUCUGCCAUGUGCCGCCCAAGAAGAAACUCAUUGAGUAUAAAGGCUUAUGUUCAGAAAAACACGUUCCCUGGAUCAAAUUCAAAAACAGUUGCUACAGCUUUAACACCGUUCUGCAGGGCACAAGUUUUGAUGCUGCAUAUGAAGUCUGCAGAAAUCAAGGAUCUAAUCUUCUAACUAUCAAAGAUGAAGAUGAAAAUGCCUUCGUUCUGGAGGAGUUGCACAGUUUUGGUUAUUCUGUGAAAAUGGUUUGGCUGAAUGUCCUGCAUGUUACAGACAAUGAAACAGUUUCCUGGUCUGAUGGCUCUCCCUUAAAUUAUUCUAACUGGGGCAUCAGGGAGCCUGAAUUUGAUCAUCUUAAGGGGAAUUUCUGUAUCAGCCUGAGGACUGCGGAUGGUGUAUGGCAAAUAUCUCCAUGCAGAGAAAUAAAGGGAUUUGUUUGUAAAAAGAAUGCAGAUCUUAAUGCGGCAGAACCCUCUGAAAAAUCGUCCUACUCUGGACUUGCUGCUCUGGCUGUUCUCGUAACAUUUGUGAUGCUGGCUGCUGUUUCCAUUUUUCUGUGGUGCCUCUACAAACAGAACAACAGAUUCUUCAGCAGAAUACUGUGGGUCAGAAAUGCCUAUUUUCCACAGAUUAAUUCUGACGUUCCUGCUCUGGAAGAAAGUAUUCUCAUUUCUGAUUUUGAGAAAGAUGACAAUUAAUCAGUGGGGAGAACCAAGCAGUUAUGUAUUCUGUGUUAAAUUCCAUGUCCUACAGUGUUUUUGUUUUUGUGAGCCAUUUGCUGUCCAAGACCAGCUCCACGUCUUAGCUGGUGGUCAGAAUGCCUACAUGGUGCUGGAAGAGCAGCGAAGCAGCAGCCGCUGUUCUUUCCCUUCUUGCGAAUUUGUUCCAUAAGGUUUACAAAGCGAGCAGUGAGGAGCUGAGCACCAGUCGCACCUGCUCUCACAGGCACCAGACCCAGGCUUCCUUGGUGGCAGAGGGUCUGUGCUCCCUUCUCAGGACAAUCAGGGCAUGUGCUUCUGGAAGAGUCCUUGCACCCUGGUGGGGAGCGUGCAGGGGCUGCUGCACUUGGACCUCUUAUGCUUUGUAGUAGAACGUGGUGAGAAUGCACAGAGCCAUGGGGAAAUCGGCUUCUUUGGGGAAAGCUGCAAACUAAAAACGUUCCGAUACCACAAAUCUCAGACUGCUCACGUGGAGCAGUCAUGUCUGUGCCCCCAAGCAGAGAACAUUUCUAUGCAGCUUCUUCCCUUGGGAAGGUUUGGGCCUCUUGGCUUUUAUUUUCAUACCAAAAAAGCUGCUCGUAAGCCAGUGUUAAAACUUGUCCUUGAAUUUAGGAACUCUGAAACCUACUCCAAGGCUUAUGGAGUAGUUCUUCCUAAUGCCUAUUCCAUCCAUAGAAUGUACUCUUUCAUUGGGUGGAUUCUUAGCAGGUGGAUUUCUAAGUUUGCUGAGAUGAGGUUCCUUUUGAUUGGGAGUGUCAGUGUUGCCAUGAUGGCUAGUUUACAUUAUGAAAUACCUUUGGCUUGAGAUACAGUAGCAUAUGGAUAUUGUCGUCCUGAAGUUAAUAUAUUCAGUAGAGAUACUUCUGGUGCACUUCUAGAGAAACAAUGUUAUCUCUCACCUGGGUCAUUUCAGAAACUGAAUCUCAUCAGCCUCUUCCAAAGAUGCUUUGGAGCAGUAUCUGUUUGAAGGAAAACAUUAUAUGAAUCUUGUUAAAGUUACGAUAAUAAACUGCUUUACUGUUCACUUACAGUGCAACUUCAAGCAGUGUUUAUGUAUGUUCUUCUGAGACCCUGCUCUCCACACAUAAGGAUGAUACAAGGGAGAGCCACAUCUGCAGUUGGCAAAGGGUGCUGCCCUCUCUCGCCCAAUUCCUGUAAUCCCACGUAGCACACCUUCAAGGGCCACAUUUCUCUGGUCAUAUCAAGGUGCUAAUGGUGCUAAUACCAUCUUUCAUUGGUCAGUUGUUCUCCUGGCUAAUGUCUGUGCAAGACCUACAGAUUCAGGUCAUGGUUCUCGACGGUGGAUGGUUCUGUGGAUUCCCACACUCCCGGUCUUCCAGCUACUUCUGUGAAAAUAUCAAAACCUUUCAUGGAGGACUUCUAAAUUAUUUCUAUUGUGAGGUGGGAAAAAAAGGAAAGCCAAAUUGCCGAUCACAAAGAGUUACCUGAGUAUUGAAUAACUGUGCCAUUAGUCAUCUCUAAAAGCUGCUAUGAAGGGCUGUGCGUGUUGUCGUGUUGGUUGGUUUGUUAUGGGAUGACUCAUUCUAAAAACUGCAGGAACCCUAAAAUGGAGAUACGUUUGUGAAAAUUCAGCAAGCAGCCAAGACCAAAUGCAAUGUUUGUGCACAUACAGGGGAAUGUAUGACUUCUUUCCAGUUAGAUUUCACGUAGCAAUUCUUUAGAUAUGACCAAAUAAAUGUAUUUUCAUGUCAUAAUUAUGUAUAAGGUUAUUUUUUUUUCUUAAUUAUUUAGUACCUAGAAUACUUCUAUACUAGCUUACAGGAUACAGAAAUGUGGUUUAAAAGACUGCAGAUGCAUCUUAUCUGUAUAUAACAAAAAAAAGUUACCAACUCUCCCUUCCCUGUGAGACUUUCACCUGUUUAAACUUCAGCUGGAGGAGCCUAAGCAACAAUCUUCUAUUCAUCCCAUUCACUGACAAGUGUCUGUGUUGCCUUUUUGCAGCAGAGUGACUUGAAGAAUGUGUUUUGAUUGCAAAAUUAUAAAAUAUUUUGUCUCAGAGGAUGUGCAUUUAUCAGGCUAUUAUGCUGUUACCUAGCUAUGCAUAUGCUGUCACAUUUUGACAUUGUUAAUGAAGGUGUAUUUUUUUUUUUUUUUUUUUCAAAAAAACCUGACAUGGAUACUCUAUCAAUUCUUCUUGAAGUAUGUUUAGUCAUUUUAAUAUACCUGAAGGUCAGUUAUACAGUUGUAUAAUAAAUAAUCCUAGCAUCAGAGUAGAGAAUGUUAACACUGACUGUGGUGUAGGUGAUCUUGGAUUAAGGGAAUAGUACUUCAAGCAGUGUUUUCUUCAUACAUUGAAACGGAUUUGAGGAAACAGUGUCUUAAGUGUUUAUUUUAAAAUAUCUUUUGUCAUUUAACUUUUCUAAUUAUAGGUGUUAUUCACUUAAGGAUGUUAUUGCUGAUUACUUCCUAUUCCUUCUUCUAAAUAUAAGAAAAAUCUUACAGUGAGAACCAUCACUCACUGGAAUAAUAUCCUUGGGCAUGUGAUAAUUCACAUCACUGUAGGGUUUCAAGGUGCAGUUGGACAUGGUGCUGGGCAAUCUCAUCCAGGCUUCCUUUUGCUGUGAAAGGUUGAACCUAUGAUUCUAUGGAUUUUACCUUAGCUUCCAUUUGUUUUUCUUUAAUUCAAGAUCCCCUACCCAAUUCCUGGUCAGAGUACUUGGUGGCUACGUUUUCAUGAGUGACUGUGACAGUAACAGCAGUGAGGUUCACUGUAUUACUUCAGCUAGGAAAUUAAAGCGUGAAUAAUAACUUUUUGGGCUGCAGUUUUUCUUUUGCCAGCUUUAGUUCCGAGCAGCAGUUCCCAGGCUUUGCCCCAGGUUACAGUGUUGGGAGAGGGGUAGCUUGCACCAGACUGCUUCCUGGCUGCUAUACAACUCUUUUCCAUUCCUCCCUCCUCCUUCCCUAGCCUUUGCAUGUGUGCACACUUGUAUCUGGCUCAGGAUGAUAGACCAUGAGGCUGCUUUAGAUCUGUGCUCUUCAGUCCAGAGGGAGUGUAGGGAAGAAAUGCUUUUUUGUACUGUGUGUGACUUAACCUGCUCUGCUGCACAAAUUUAAUUUAGAUCCCCGUACAUUUUUCUUCCAUCACGCUGCCCCUCCUUUAGUGCAGAAACAGGCAUCCUCAGUCUCUUGUAAUAAUAAACCCACUAUAAUGAAAUCAUGGCGUACAUUUCCCACAGACCAUUUAUAUGUAAGCAGGCUUUUUUGUUGAAAAGC